GUCGUUCGCAGCUCUGCUGUCUUUCCCGUUCACAAACCAACAGACAAGUGACAACAAAAUAGAUUUAUUGGACUACCCCCAACAAAACACGUCACGUCACUCAGUAAAGGUCGAAAGGGAUGUUUUCUGAGAUAUUUUUGUCCUUGGUUUUGAACUGCCACACUUUGUCCCGUUCCUAGUUUUUGAAAGCGAACAGAGAACAUGUUUUAUUCGCGUGUAAGACUAUAGAUCAGAUUUUCCUGAAUACGAUCUACGUUCGAAUAGUUUCCUUUCAAAGAACGCAAAUUCGUCCCACAAGUCCCCCUCCCUUCCGAACCGGCUUCCGUAUUGUGACAGCUUGAGCCCGCGAUCUGGAAAAGAGAGCGCGAUCGAACAAGGCGAACUGCGAUCUCAAUCUUUCGGAAGUGUUUUCACCAGUUUAUUUUCACCGGUCAGAUAUGAUGCCGAUUUUGUGAUGUCGUGUGAACACGCCGGUUGGUGAAUCAAUAAUUUAGCAAUGGAGUCAUUUCACGAAGUGGGAUCUCGUGUGUGGCUUCUCGAGGGAAAAGAUUGGGUCCCUGCCACGGUAGCAGAGUCGAAAGGAGGACAAGUUACUUUUCAUACCGAGUAUGAUAAGACUUACAACAUUGCCAAAGAGGCACUCAACAGACAGAAUGUCACUCCCAUGCAUCAAACAAGCGUGGAUGGAGUGGAUGAUAUGGCCAACUUAGGUGACCUCCAUGAUGCAGCUAUUCUUCACAAUCUACAUCUUAGAUACAAGAGUGACAAGAUAUAUACCUACAUUGGAUCAAUAUUGUGUGCAAUAAACCCUUAUUACGUGGUUGAAGGGCUUUAUGAGAGAUCAGUAAUGGCGUCGUACAGAGAGAAGCAUAUUGGUGAACUACCACCCCAUGUGUAUGCUAUUGCCAAUGAGUGUUACUAUUCCAUGUGGAAAAAGGGCGAAAGUCAGUGUGUACUCAUAAGUGGUGAAUCAGGUGCUGGUAAGACAGAGUCCACAAAGUUUAUUUUGAAGUAUUUAUCAGAUGUCAGCCGAGGGACAGGAGAAUUGGAGAACACUCCAAAUGUAGACGACGCUAUCCUACAGAGCAGCCCGAUCAUGGAAGCCUUUGGUAAUGCAAAGACCGUUUAUAACAACAACUCCAGUAGAUUUGGGAAGUUCAUUCACUUGCAGUUUAACUCCAAGGGACGAAUGGAUGGAGGCAAAAUUCAAGACUUCCUCCUUGAGAAGAAUCGUGUGGUCAGACAAAAUCCAGGAGAAAGGAAUUAUCAUAUUUUUUACUCUCUCCUGGCUGGUGCCUCUGAAGACCAAAGGAGUGUGCUACUCCUGAAUUCUCCAGAAAAGUAUCACUAUCUUAAGCAGAGUGGUUGCUAUGGAGACCCAUCAAUCAAUGACAAGGAAGAUUUCAACAAUGUUAUGAAUGCUAUGAAGGUGAUGUGUUUCACAGAGGAAGAAAUUGCCGAUGUCCUUCAGGUCAUUGCUGGUGUUCUACAGCUUGGAAAUGUUAAUUUCAUGGCUGCAGGCGGUGCUCAAGUCGCAGAAAAAAGUGUGUUGGAGAAUGUUGCAAAUCUUCUUCGUGUGGACAUCUAUGAGCUGACUGAUGCUUUGACCCAGAAGUCAAUGAUCCUCAGAGGAGAAGAAAUCCAGUCACCUCUAUCUGUAGAACAGGCACUGGAUUCCAGGGAUUCAAUGGCCAUGAAUCUUUAUGCUUGCACAUUUAAAUGGCUCAUCAACAAGAUCAACCAGAGAAUCAAGGGCAACAACAGCUUCUCCUCUAUUGGUGUUCUUGACAUUUUUGGAUUUGAGAACUUUGAUGUUAACAGGUUUGAGCAGUUCAACAUCAACUAUGCCAAUGAGAAGCUCCAACAGUAUUUCAACAAACAUAUCUUUUCACUGGAGCAACACGAAUACAACAGGGAGGGGUUGGAGUGGGCAGACAUUGACUGGGUGGACAAUGGAGAAUGUCUGGAUCUCAUUGAAAAAAAACUUGGUGUGCUGGCAUUGAUUGAUGAAGAGAGCAACUUUCCUAAAGGAACUGACGAAUCCAUGCUGGACAAAUUACAUUCAAGUCAUGAGGGAAAUACGUUUUAUAUUAAACCGCGUGUUGCAAACACAAAAUUUGGUAUCAAGCAUUAUGCUGGAGAGGUCUAUUACAGCACCAAAGGUUUUCUGGAGAAAAACAGAGAUGCUUUUCGUGAUGAGAUUCUUAAUGUGCUGAUGGAAAGCAGGUCGGAUUUUAUUUACGACAUAGUUGAACACCUGAAGCCCUCGGUGCCAGCAGCAGGAACAAAGAAGUCUUCAAGGAAAAGACCGACUGUUAGCUCUCAGUUUAAGGUGUGCUCUCGGUUUUGUGUAGUAGUAGUGGCUCAUUACUACAAGAAACGUUACCACAAGAUGCGGUUGGCUGCUAUCGUCAUUCAAAAGGUUAGUUUUGAUAAUGCAUUCUUUGCGACUNAAUAUGGUCAAACUUUCCUCCAGGCUCAUUACUACAAGAAACGUUACCACAAGAUGCGGUUGGCUGCUAUUGUCAUUCAAAAGUAUGAGAGAAGAAGAACCGCUCAAGCACUUCUCAAAAAACUCCUCGAGGAGAAGAGAAUAGAAGAAGAACGCAGAAGAGAAGAAGAGAGGAGAAGGGAAGAGGAGAGAAGAAGGACAACGGAAUGUCGAAUUCCUUGUACGACGUACCACAAGCAUGAAAAGAAAAAGCUUCAGGUUUUCAUGAAAGAUCACUUAGAGUACCUGAUCGAGCGGAACAGAAACGCGCAGCUAGAAGCUGUCGCCAUGCUCAUCAAGCGAAGGAUCAUGGGAUUCCUUCAGCGGAAGAGAUUUUUGAAGGCUCGCGAGGACGUCGUUACGAUACAGAAGAACUAUAAGGCUCAUUACUACAAGAAACGUUACCACAAGAUGCGGUUGGCUGCUAUCGUCAUUCAAAAGUAUGAGAGAAGAAGAACCGCUCAAUUACUUCUCAAAAAACUCCUCGAGGAGAAGAGAAUAGAAGAAGAACGCAGACGAGAAGAAGAGAGGAGAAGGGAAGAGGAGAGAAGAAGGGAGAUGGAAAGAUUGGAACAGGAAAGAAAGAUACAAGAGCUCGAGGAACUUCGACGCAAGGCUGAGGAAGAGGCAAGACGAAGGAAAGAGGAAGAAGAAGAAAGAUUGCGGCAAGAAGAGGAACAGCGGCAAGCAGUGCUAGUAAAAGCCCGCGAGAUUGAAGAGGCCAGGAGACUGGAGGAGGAAGCCCGAAGAAAGGCAGAAGAGGAAGCACGUAGAAAGGAGGAAGAAGAGAAAAGACGCCGCGAGGAAGAAGAAGCCAGUGGCCUAAGGGUGUUUUUUUUUUCCCUUUCAGGUGGUUUAUUGAGUCUGUGGAAGAAACAUUGGUGUGUACUUAGAGAUGACACAUUUAUGUGGUUCCGAGGAAAACAGGAUGCUCUCAAAUGUGGCUGGCUAAUGAAGAAAGGUGGAGGCACAACAACUUUAUCAAGGCGUAAUUGGAAACGCCGAUGGUUUGUGCUCAAGGACAAUGUGCUUACUUAUCAUGAGAAUGACCUUGAGGGAGCCAAGUCCCUGGGAACCAUUGACAUCAGAAAUGCAGUACGCAUUGUUGACGAUGGUGUGAAAGAAAAUGGCUUUAGUAUUAUCACACAGAACAGGACCUAUCACGUGAUCGCUGAAAGCACAAAUGACUGGAAUCAGUGGUUCAACAUUCUAAAUCGCGUGCACAGGGCAACCGAAGAAGAGUUGCAUGGAAUGAGAGAAGAAUCUGCAAACGUUAAACAUGCAGUGGGCACCAUUGAUGUAGCCAUGAUAGAGUCUUGCACACCUGGCGGAGUAGCAAAUAAGCCUAACUCCUUCACUCUGAUCACGGCAAACCGUGUGAUGAACUUCAUUGCUGAUACUCCUGAAGAUGUCAAUGGUUGGGUGGAAGCUAUACAGGAGAGUAAGGAACACGAAAUCGAUGAAGGCUUUGCUGAUGUCAUUGAAAAGGGUUGGCUCAUCAAAGAAGGAGCCAAUGACGACUCAAGAAGGAAAAGGUGGUGUGUUCUGACCGGCAAUUCGCUUGAUUACUACAAAUCCUACGUGAAGAACAGCCCCAAGUUUGGAUCUAUAGUGCUGACCAGUCUUUGCUCUGUUGUUUCACCCGAAGAACGGGAAGCAGGUGACUGGACGUUUAUUGUAAACGGCAGAAAACGAUCUUACGUCCUCCACGCGAAGCUUCAAGAAGAGGCGACCCGUUGGGCUAAUGCAAUACAGGAGGUGAUAGAUUCCAAACCACCAGUGGAGACUGCUUUUGAAAAGCUAGUAGGAGAGUUGAAAACUUCGACGACUGAGAGCGAGGCAGAUCAAGUGUAUCGUACCAACCCAGUUCUGAAGUACUCCAAGAUACCACUCAAGGCUCCCCUGCUACCCCUCCCUUAUGGACAAUCACGGUCGUCACGUGCAAAGGGUAAAGGUUAUGGCACGUUUCAUGAAGAAGCUGUUCGAGUUUUCAGUUCUCUACUCGAACAAGAGGCUAUUGCAGACCCUAUCCCUGNGAUAGAGGGGAUCCUGCAAACCUGCCAAGAUUUGAAACCCCUAAGAGAUGAGGUCUUCUGUCAGCUGAUCAAACAGACCACAAACCACCCCACUCCGGAUUCCAUUGGAAACUUGAGAAACAUGCAGGUGUUGGUUUGUAUGUGUUGUACAUUCGUUCCAACGAGAAAGUAUCUACGCUACUUAAGAUUUCACUUGAAACGGAAUAGGGAAAAACAUCCCAACUCAGAAAUGGCCAAAUUUGCUGUGUUUGCCUUGGAAUGUAUCAAACGAACAAGACCCAGGGAGUUCCCACCUUCAAGAGAAGAGAUUAUCUCGCUUUUGGGCCGUCGAGAGCUGUCCGCUGUUGUGCACUGUUAUGGAGGAGGGUCCUGCAAGAUCACCAUUAACUCCGCUACCACGGCUGGAGAGGUUGUCGAGAAGCUGUGCAAGGGCUUGAACAUUCCUCAGAAGUGCAACAUUUUCACUCUGUUUGAGCAGUGUGGUGCGAUAGAGAAAAACAUUGAAGACAGAACUGUGCUUGCAGACGUCUUGUCCAAGUUUGAGAAGUACAAGGCGCUAGGUCUAACAGAAGCUGGUCAUGCGUGGAAGCUUUUCUUCAAGAUCUUUUGCUUCCUUCAACCAGAGCUAGUGGAAGUAGACUCAGUCGAGUAUGGAUUUCUUUAUGAACAGGCUUGUGAUUCAAUUAUUCUUGGUAAAUAUCCCGCGCCUGACACCACGCUCUACCUCUUGGCUGCUUUACGACUUCAGUUUAAUGAGGGAGACUACAAACCAGGCGCUUGGGUAUCUAAUCUGGACUCAGUUUAUCCACCUGGAAAGCUCAAACAAAAGGUGAAGCCUGAAAACAACGCAGUAACCAGAGAACGGCACUUCAGCAUCAAGGGCACAAUAAAGAAGGCUGUGUCGCCCUUUAGAUCAGCUGGUGGGACAGAAAAUGGCGAGGACGAUAGCAAGAAAGCCACUGAAGAAGAAUUGUCUUUUAUAAAGAGUUCUAUAUGUGAACAGUGGAAGAAGCUUGGGGGCAUGGAUCAAGAAGAAGCUCAGAAACAGUACAUGGAAAUACUGAGAAGCUGGCCAGGGUAUGGCUCCACUUUGUUUGACGUGGAGACAAAAGAUCCUGGCUUUCCUCCUGAGCUCUGGCUGGGUGUGAGUUUUAAGGGCGUAGCUUUGUACAAGCGAGGAGAUGUCAGACCACAGUGUCAGUUCAGUUAUGAAAAUAUUCUAUCAUUUGGAGCUCCGGCUGCCAAUAAAUACAAAGUCAUCGUUGAUGGAAGAGACCCAAUGCUCUUUGAAACAUCACAGCUCUGCAGAUCUAAUCUGGACUCAGUUUAUCCACCUGGAAAGCUCAAACAAAAGGUGAAGCCUGAAAACAACGCAGUAACCAGAGAACGGCACUUCAGCAUCAAGGGCACAAUAAAGAAGGCUGUGUCGCCCUUUAGAUCAGCUGGUGGGACAGAAAAUGGCGAGGACGAUAGCAAGAAAGCCACUGAAGAAGAAUUGUCUUUUAUAAAGAGUUCUAUAUGUGAACAGUGGAAGAAGCUUGGGGGCAUGGAUCAAGAAGAAGCUCAGAAACAGUACAUGGAAAUACUGAGAAGCUGGCCAGGGUAUGGCUCCACUUUGUUUGACGUGGAGACAAAAGAUCCUGGCUUUCCUCCUGAGCUCUGGCUGGGUGUGAGUUUUAAGGGCGUAGCUUUGUACAAGCGAGGAGAUGUCAGACCACAGUGUCAGUUCAGUUAUGAAAAUAUUCUAUCAUUUGGAGCUCCGGCUGCCAAUAAAUACAAAGUCAUCGUUGAUGGAAGAGACCCAAUGCUCUUUGAAACAUCACAGGUUAUCGAGAUUGCCAAACUGAUGAAAGCCUACAUCAAUCAAAUUGUGAAACUGCGAAGAUCAAGCUACCUAAGCCAAGUAUCAGAAGCAUCAGACUCUUAGCCAGUCGAUAAACUGAAACAUGAGUUACACUUCUCUCUCUGUUUAUUAAUUGAAUAGUUAGCUUUAGUUGAUAUUUUCGUAUUUCUGAUUCUGGGGAACAAGCACUGUGUUCGGUAAACAUUUGUUCAAGCGCUCGUGCUGUUUGCAAUUCUCAUUAUUAUCUUAUCAAGAAAGAGCACUAACAAGAACUCCCGAUGCCGUCUUCAGCUGGUACCUGCUUCCCCUUGUCUGUGCCGCAGCUGUAAAUGCAAUUAAGGGGACUGCGGUUAGAAUUAACGUAAAUGGAAGGGAGGUACAUCGGAGGCAAUAAGAUAUAGAUUCCAAAAAAAAGCAGGGAAAUUUCUUGAAUACUUUAUCUUCCCGCAGUGAUUAAAAUCUUUCUCUCUCCAUUAACAAUAGCAUUUCAAGCGGUCAGCUGAUGAGAAUAAAGAAGAUCCGUCAUAACUGAGGAAUUUACUUUGAUAAACCAGCAAAUUCUCGACACUAGAAUUAAAAGAAAUCUAUGGCAGUGAGUAGGGAGAAUCUACACUUCGAUCUUAGAAGAAGUGAACGCUUUCAGGCCGUCAUACUCUCUUCAUUUUUAGUGGAAAAGAAAAAUUAACUGUGAGACUGGUUUAUCCAUAAAUUUAUUACUUGUAGUAAUUACCCCGGGUUCCUAAAUUUGUUAUUCGGAAUUAAUCAAAUAAAUAAAUCAAAUAAGGGUUUCAAAAAUUUACGUAAAGCGCGCGUGUUGUGAGACAAUCAAAGACGUUUGUAGUCAAUUCAAUAUUUUUAUACUGACAAUAGCAAUUCAAACGACCAUUUUGGUUGGUAAUUUUGCUAGGAAACUGUCUAUUAACGUAUUUUUCGUGGAAAUAUAUAAAUAAAAUAUUUGUUGGAGGGGGAGAAUGUUCCCAUAGUUGAAAGGAAUGCAUAGAUUCUAACUAUCGAGGGGAACGCCGGAUAUUUUAAGGUAGUAGUCUGACUAAUGAUUGUUAACUGAAUUCUUCAUUGAUAGAUAAUUACAAAGAAUUGUCACAAUCUUGCUAUCACCAAUUAAGAAAGCGCUGCUAGUUAGGAAACAAAGUCUGUGAAAAAGUUGAGUUGUGAGCGCGAUGUUUUACAGACUAUUGUAUUUCAAAACUGUUAAGUAUUGCGAAUAAUAUAUAUCGGUUUGGGUUUUCUUAAACGAGAAAUGAAGCGGCAAAAUUUUUCACCUCUGAAAUCAAAUGAGAAUUUGUUGACCUGUACUUAAUAUAAGCGAGGUUUUCUGUUGGCUGUCAAGCGCUAAACACUUAAAAACUAACCGGUCCUUUCCCCGCGCUUGACGCGGGUCACCCAAUCACGUGCUUUUGGGCUGAUCGAGUUCUGAUUGGCUCGUUGCGUUAUUUGCGUUUGUUGUGAUUGGCUAGGUGUAGCUAUGUUGGAUUUGGUGUAUCGACAGUCUUUAGAAAACCUCUAACAGAAGUUUGAUAGUUUUUUUAGUUUUAUCACUUAUUCUCCAGAAUGUGAAGUCCCAGAUAGUGAGAUCAAUGAAGAUCAUUUUACAGAAAUCUA